GACCUUCAUUCCAAGGAAACGGAGCCCUGCGUCAGCGCAGGCACCCCUGCAGUCCCUUGCCGCGUGGAGGUUGGGGUGCGCUCAGCAAGCCCUUUUGCCAACCCGGAGACGCGGCACCUGCGCUCUCCCCGUCAGUGGGAAGGGCGUCGACUUCUGCACGUGCUCCACGUCCGAGAGCUCAUUCCCGGCCCUGAAAAGGGGCUCAAGCGGAGGAGGAGGCCCGGCGUCCUUUUGCCUCCCGCUGCGGCGGCCGCCCCUUUAAGCGGCGUCCUUGUGCGCGCCGCGCCGCCACGGCAAGCAAGCGAGCGGGGAGGCAGGCAGGGGCGCUGCGGGUGUGGCCGCCGCCGCCGCCACGGGCAGAGCGUGAACAAAGGCGGAGACGGGCGCCGGGCGGAGCUGCGCUCUUCGCGGCCGGGGCACUUCUCCUGCGCCAAGCGGGUCGGCCGGGAGGGCACCGCCGUCUGGUGUCCGGAGCAGCCGGGGCAGGGCCCCGGGAUGCGGGGAGCCAGCUGGGUCGCCUCCGAGCCGACCUCGGUAAGCUAGCCGGCCGGAGAGAGAGAAGGACAGCGCGGGCCUGUUUCCCAGCCUUCAUAGGUCCCUAAGCCAGCAGUUUCGAGGGGGCCUCUGAGCAUAGCCAGAGUGCCUUUUUCUCUGCAGCCAAAUCGGCGUGGAGACCGGUAGGCCCGAGCCCCCGAACCUCUCCUUUUUGAAGCGUCGCCCCCACCCGCCAUCUCUGUUCACCUCCGUAUAUGGCUGGGGGCUGGCUAGCCCUGCCGUCCGGUGGGCGCUCCCUCUCGGCCUCCGGCCUCUUCUUUCCAUCCUCGGGCGCGGGUGGGGGCUGAUUUCGACUCCCCCCCCCCCGCUUUCUCCUCUCCUCCCCCACCCCCCAAACAUAUUCCUCUCCUUCGCCAUGACUUGCCUGCAGUCCUCCCAGGACAGCCUGGCGGGGAACGUGUGCGCCAUCGAGGGUCUCCCCCCGCUGCCCAAGGGGCUCAGCGGGAUCCUCAACUCCAGCGGAGGCUCGUGGCGAGAGAUCGAGAAAGUUUACAGCAAGAAGACGCGCAUCCAGGACGACCUGAGCAAGUCCCAGGCCGCCUCGGAGAAAGUGCUGCUCCGGAGCAAGCCCGCCAACCUCGACUCGGCCCUGGCGGUGCUGCGCAAGGAGAUGGUAAGUCGGGACCCUCAGGCGGACCUGCUACUGGGCAAAGGAAGCAGGCCGAUUUGGGAUGGCAUGAAAGAGGAGGAAGUUGUUAAGUUAUCUGAUGUAUUAUUACUCUUGUGUAUGUGCCCGCAGGGAGACGCACCUGUGGGAUUUUCGAGCUCAUGUGCCAACAUAACUGGGCCAGCCUUAGAUGCUGUGUCCCUUGUCAUUGGAGGGGGUAAUUUACUAUUCUGCCUUGGGCAGCAAAUUGUCUUGGGCCACUCAAGUUUUGGGUUCCACCAGAAUGUCCAUUUCUCAGGUCCUUUCAAGCCACCUGCAUAGAUAGUGGUAUUGGGCUACAAAAUUCUGCAGGCUUUUAGUCCUCAGUUGACUGCAAGGUUAUGACUGUGUCUGCAGGAAUCCAGAAAGGCACUGAAUAAGGUUUCUAGCUGGUUGCAAGAGGCAGGGCACAGCUUAAUUUUGUUCCCCAGCAGAACCUGAAUAAAUAACACAGGGCAAGGAUGAGUGCACAGUUACGCAUAUUCUUAGAGUCACAAAAGUGACUCAAAGCGAGGUACCAAAAUGCAAAGCUAAGAUAAAGAGUAAAACAAAGCUAAAAAGAUGAGUAAAAAAAACCCACACAGGUCCCAAACAUACUUCCAAAAGUAAGGGUCAGAAGCCUGGGUGAAAUAAGGAUGGUAUUGCCUGGUGCCUAAAAAUGCAUAGUGAUGGUGCCUGGCAUGCCUCACUAGGGAGAGCAUUCCACAAAUGGGGAGCCACCACUGAGAAGGCCUGUUUUUGUAAUGCUACACUUUGGAGGGGAGCUCAUAGAUGAUGAAUGCAGGGCCUAGGAUGGUUCAUGUGUGGAGAGGCAGCCCUUGAGGCACUGGGGUCCUGAACUUUAUAGGUCAUACCAGUACUCAGGAUUGAGCUGAGAAUCUAAUUGCCAGUCAAUGCAGUUAUACCAAGAAAGCCGUCUGUCUGCAAUCUGGUUGCUGAAUGCUGAACCAGCUACCAUUUUGGAACUCUCUUCGAAGGCAUUCCCAUGUAGGCGUAAUGUGAUCUAACCUAGAGGUUUACCAGACAACAGAAGUUAGGCUAUCCCUGUCCAGAUAGAGAGAAAAAUAUAAGCUGGGCCAUCGGCUGAAGCUGAUGAAAGACAUCAGCUCAAGUGACGCUGGUGGACUCAGAAGUACCCCCAUUCAACACGCCUGCUCCUUUAGAGGUGUGUGACCCCAUCAGGCCAAACCUCACCCAUCCGGUCUAGGAAACCAUCAGCUAACAGCCCCUCUGGAUUAAGUUUUAGUUUAUUGGCUUUCAUCCAGUCCGUUACAGAGGUCAGACAUCUGUCUAGCUAGCACAUCUGCUGCCAUGCCUCCACGUCUAAAGGAUAAAUGGAGCUGUAUUUCAUCAGCAUAUUGCUGACAACGCACUCCAGAACGCUGGCCGUUUCAUGUAGAUGUUAAGCAGCACGGGGGAUAAGAUCGAGCCCUGCAGCACUCCCCACUGAAAGCUCUAUGGGGCUGAUCGAAACUCUCCGAGCCUAAACCCUGAUUGAAAUGGCUCUAGAAAAUUGGUUUCAUGCAAUAAUCUUGCCCAAGAAGGGGACAUUGGGGACCAGCUAAUAAUUACUUAGGGUGGGAGUCAACUCAUUGGAGGCCCUCCCCAAGGACUUCUGUUGCACAGUGGGGCUUCCCCUUUCCCCCACAGCCCCCGGAAUUGGCUCAGGGAGGUGGGGGGUUGAGAGAACCCCUGCAACACAAGGCGGGAGAGGACAAUUGUUUGGUCUGGCAAGCCAAAACGCUUGUCCUAACAGAACAAUCACCUUAGCCUGACGUGGAGUUCCUUGCUUAGGUUUUCCAAACCCAGGGAGGGUUUCUGAAGGGGGUGGUCUUUGCCACCACCUCCAUUAGACAAGUGGGGACCACCCCCUCUCUCAAGGAAAGGCAUUGAUCGCCUGGCUGAGCCACCUUCCUUGCUAGGAAGCUCAACCCUAAGUUACAUUAUUGUAAAGCUGUGUUACCACUUUCUGGACUUGAGGAGGCCAGAUUCGUCUUUUCUUAGUGCUCUGUGGUCUGCGCACAGCCCUAAUCCGGUGUGCCACAUGCUUUAAAUUUCCAUUUCCAUCCCAUCUCCCCUCUAAAUACACGUGGGACUCAGCUACGUUGGCAAAGAAAAGGCGUUUUAUAUGUGUUGCUAAGGCAUUCCAACACUGUGACACCAGGUGGCACUGUGGAGUUCCGUUUUUUGCCAACCUGAUUUCUCAUACAAAGUUUGCAAUGUGGUUUAACUGAAACACUUCUUUGAUGUGUCUAGAUCCAGCCAUGGUUUCUGCUCCCUUUUAUUCUCACAACAACCCGGUAAGGUAGGGUAGGUUGAGAGAGAGUGGCUGGCCCAAGGUCACCCAGUCAGCCUGACAUGGACAGGCAUAGAUUUGGGGUGCUCUGCUUCUCAUUUUCCUGCAUCAGCCUCCUGGAGGUUGCACAAGGCCUCCCUCCAAUUCUGCAGUUCUAUGAUUUUAACUUUACUUUCCCCUGUUCCUACUCUCUAACUACGACACAACACUUACUUUUUUAUUGGACUUUAUUGCAGAAACCUAAGUAUUUUCUGUAUGCCAAUGGUCUGUUUGUCUUUAAAAACCUUUUUGCAUGCCACAUUGGAUUUCCUCCUGGAGAAAAGCAUAAUCAUCCCCCUGCCCCAAAUUAUCAGUUUAGCCAGAUGGUAAAUAUGCUAAAAUGCUUUUGGAUCAACCUGCAUACAUCGACUGGGCUCAGUAAAACAGCACCAUGCAUAGUGCAUGAUCACCUGUAAAAUACAACUAGGAUCAGAGUAUUUUGCCUCCUUGAAACAGUCACCCUGGAUUUAUGCAUCUUUAGAGUGUUUGUUAUCUGCCAUCAGAUCAGGACAAACUUGCUACUUACAAGACAUCUUUGUUUGCAGUCAGUGCCCAGGAAAUUAGAAGUAGUUACGUGCACUCAAUCAAAUGUCAGGCUGUGAAGAUCAUUUGAUAUAAGCCAAAGUCUACAUUAAUGCAAUGCUCAGUGGUGUCCAAUGGCAUUCCAUGUUAAUGAAUUCUAAAUAGUCUAGAGUAAAACAUAAGGUUUUUUCCCUACAGCUGUUGUUAGUGUUUUGCCUUGAGACCCAUUUUGUAAUGACUGGCAGUUUUAAAAGUAAGUGAAAGGAUGGUAAUCUAGGAGAGAGUAUGGUACAGUGGCUAGAGUGGGCGUGAGGAUCCUGUGAUCUACAACUCUCAUCAUUCCUGACCAUUGGUAUGCUGGCUGAAGGGGCUCCUGGGCAAUGGAGGACAUCAGGUACUCCCAUUUCCGCCUAGAGCUUCCAUCUAUGAACUCUGGGAAAGUGGGAUUUGUGCAUGAUAAGGCUAUGUCCUCUGCAGUGUUAGAAACUCAGAUAUAUAAGCUAAUUGCUAAAUGGCACCUAGGUUAUGGUUGCCACAACGGAAUGUCUUUCCCCCAAUGAUAUAUUAUCAUUAUCAUUAUCGUCGUCAUUUCUAUACUGCUUUAUAUUUUAAAAAAGAAAUAUCGAAGUGGUUCACAACAUUAAAACAUGAAAUAAAACUAUCCAGAAUAGAACAGAUCCAAACUUCAAGGAAAAUAUUUCAGAUCCUUCUCUUACUUUCCCCAGUCGCCAACCUGACAUCCACAAAUCUCCACAUGGUCACAAUUGGACCGUCGCAAAACGCGCCUGGCACCUGACUAAUUUCUAACACUGGUCUGCUGUUGGAGGCAGUAUGCCUCUGACUGCCAGUUGUCAGGAAUUGCAAGUGGGGCAGGCUGCUUUUGCCCUCGGGUGCUGCUUGCAGACUUCCCAUAGGGGCAUCAGGGUGGCCACUGUGAUGAAAGGAGGCUGGGCCAGACAGGCUGGUGGUCUGAGACAUCAGGGCUCUUUUUACGCUGUACGGUUGGGUGCAACUUCAGCUUUUCCUGUGUGUGAGGAAAAUGAGACUAAACAGUGGCCCUCCCCCCACAAGGUGGUUGGGAAAACAAACUCAACAGAGACGGCAAACCACCCUUGGAACUGCAGUCCACUUAAAAGCACAGGCAACUCCCCACGGAUCUGUGCAUGUGGGCAUUGCGCCGAACCCAGAAGUUAAUAUAAAAAUUGCAAAAAUGUCCCUAGAAGAGCCCAGAAAGGGCAAAAAAGGCAUGGAAACAGCACCUAGCAAUCCCACAAGCCUUUGCAAGUGCAAUCCCAGGAGCCUUUGAGGCCUGCGGAGAGUUGGAGUUUUUUAAUGUUUUUUUGGAAGCUGUCCAGAGUGGCUGGGGAAGCCCAGCCAGAUGGGCAGGGUAUAAAUAAUAAAAUUAUUAUUAUUAUUAUUAUUAUUAUUAUUAUUAUUAUUAUUGGAGUUUGAGCAAGGAAGUUUGGAGGGAGUCUGGUUUUUUAAAAAGGGUUUUUCAAGGUUUUCCAGAGGUUGAGAGGUUCUUCGCAGGCUUUUCCAAUGUUGUUUCAAAUAUGCACUGUUUCACUUAAACACAGCCCCCACGUAAAUUGGGUUGGUUGCCUGUAACCGUUAAAUGUAACGAAUGGAAGUCAAGGAGAAGUGCGACUUGGCAUGGCUUCAAAGCAUGUGCUGUGCAUUCCUCCUCCAGCAGGGAGCAGCAGAAACCCAUACUAGAAAACCAUUUUCAGUUUGCAGCAAUUGUCUUCUGGCACCAUUUUUUUAUUAUAGCUUACUCUCUCUCUCUCUUUGUACUGUAGGGGCUUACACUUCCCUGCAAAUACAGUCUGGCAAGUGUCUGUUAAGCUGGGCAAACUAUCAAUAUGCAUAAGAGAUCCAGGAACUACCAUAAGUAUUUACCAUCUCAAAGGAACAGCCAGGCAGUCCAGAAAAGGCAAUCAGAUAAGGCAUUAUCAGGUAUCCUGGCAGACAGGAGAGAAGCAACACACUCAAAUUUCUGCUGGGGACCACCUCUUUCUGUGAUGUAUGUCUGAUGUUUUGGGGGGUGGUCUUGAACUACAGGGUAGACAAUUUUAAAAGUCUAUAUAAGAGCUUGCACACCAAUGUUCUGGGUUUCUCUCUUCUAUCCCUGCGUGGGGGAGUGGGGGACCCUGCUUAAUAAAGAUCAUACUUACUAGCUGCUUUGCUUCUCAAUAUUCUCUGGUUGGCCUCUGUUAGUUUCUCCUACCUAACCCCUACAGUCCAAAGACAAAUGGAAAGCUUUUCCCAUUUCCUUCCUCCUUGCAGAGAAAUAUUUGAGGUCAAUUUGGGAAAGUCAAAAUGGCUUCAGGAUUGCUCUCCUGUACUAUUUCAGACACGUGGUUUAUAUACUUAUGUAUAUGUUUGCCUUGUUCAUUUAUGAACAUUUAUUUUAUAUAUAUAAGACCUUAGAAUUCCUAUAACAGUACAUAAUAAAGUGAGACGGUGGGGAAAGGCAGUGCGACCAAAGCUCUGUGGCGGAGCUCAUAAUUUGGCACCUCCAGGUACAUCUGGGAAAGAGUCCUGUCCCAAACCCUGGGACCCUACGCAGACCCUGAGAUCAUCCUCGGAGGCUGUUCUCUGUGUGCCCCCAAUGCGAGGGGUCCGGAGGGUGGCAAGAUGAGAACAGGUCUUUUCUGCAGUGGUUCCCUGCAGAGGAUUUUUGAUUCAGUGGAUCUUUGGCCUGCUGCAAGGGUCUCCUCAUGCUCUUGUUUUGUUUAAGCGCAGAGGAGGAGAACAAAAAGCCCACAAAGUCAAAAGGAUCGAUUUGACAUCAAGGGCCAGGAAGCUUAGACUUCUUUAUCAGGCCAGCUCCCGUUUAUUGGCCGAGGGAGCCGGCGUACAGCUUCCAGGUCAUGUGGCCAGCAUGACUAAGCCGCUUCUGGCGAACCAGAGCAGCGCACGGAAACGCCGUUUACCUUCCCGCCAGAGCGGUACCUAUUUAUCUAGUUGCACUUUGACGUGCUUUCAAACUGCUAGGUUGUCAGGAGCAGGGACUGAGCAACGGGAGCUCACCCCGUCGCGGGGAUUCGAACCGCCGACCUUCUGAUCGGCAAGUCCUAGGCUCUGUGGUUUAACCCACAGCGCCACCCGCAUCCCAUGGAAUAAGUAGCAAGUGUUGAACGGCUGGGACUACGGGAAGUGUUGCCGAUUCUCCAGCUGAGCCUCUCUGCUUUUCUUUGUUUCAGGUGGGGCUCCGGCAAUUGGACAUGUCUCUGCUCUGCCAGCUCUGGUCGCUGUACGAGUCCAUUCAGGAAUACAAGGGCCUCUUCCAGGACAUGUCUUCUUCGCUGCACUCGGAAGGCAGCCUGGCUGCUGAAAAUGGCUUCUCGGAUGAGGACGAGGACUUCGAGGUGGAUCAGAUGAGCCCCGAUGGGCACAAGGAGAACCCGCUGGGCCAGCGGCUCCGCCUGCUCCAGCCCCAGAACUCCCGGGAUCAGUGGCUCCAGGACUCCUUCCACAUCACCAUCUGAAGCCUCUGCCUCUGCUCCGUGCUUGCCUUUCCCCCCCUUGUGUGUCGGCUGCCGAACCUGACUCCUGCAUCUUUCGCAAAAGACGUUCAGGGGGGCGAUGUAGGGGGUCUGUCACUGGCAGGAGCGAGAGGAGGGCUGUUUGCAGCAGGCAGUUUACAGCUGGCUCCGUCAUAAUCAAACGACCCCUGAGGAGAACUACCACGUUACGCUUCACAAUUAACCUUUUGGGGGUUUAGCAUUCAAUCACCGCCAAGAUGCCACAGAGCAAUCUUUCCAGAGAGAGAAAAAGAGGUUUGUGUAUGUGGCCGGUUCAGGAACAGAGUGCAAUUCCUUUUAGUCCUCUGGGCAGUGGCGGACAUCGGGCUUUCAAAUUUCAGCGGCGCCCCGUGCAACGGCGAAAUCUGCCUCUUGCCUUCCGUUCUAAGUCCUUGUUACAGCAUCCCCUCAGCUUGGCACCUGUUGCGGGUGAACUGGUUGUGGUCCCCUAAGUGCGCAUAGAACCACAGAAUCGUAGAGUUAAGAGGGAACCCUAAGGGUCAUCCAGUCUAACCCCCUGCAAUACAGGAAUCUCAGCUAAAGCAUCCAUGAUCCUCCAACCUCUGCUUAAAAACCUCCAAGGAAAGAGAGUCCACAACCUCCCGAGGGAGUCCGUUCCGGUGCCGAACAGCUCUUAACUGUCAAGAAGUCCUUCCUGGCAUUUAGUCAGAAUCUCCUUUCUUGUAACUUGAAGCCAUUGGUUUGGGUCCUAUCCUCCGGAGCAGGAGAAAACAAUGGGCUGGAGUGCUUGCCUCCAGUCCAAAGGCCAUCCUCUUCUCACUCAGAAAAAGGGGCUUAUGGGACAGAUGAGCCACUGCAGUCAUUAGGUUUUAAGCAUCUGGCUUCCCAUUGUGGCCAACCAGGUUCCUGGAGAAGGGAUGGGAGAGCCCUCCAGCCGCUGUCAUCCCUGGCCACUACUAGCCCUGUGGCCUCUGGGAGCAGCGUUGGGGGGGGUCUCCAAGUUUCCCCACCCCAACCUAGAAGAAACCUCCCAGCGUUGCUGCCCAGCAGCGCUUGAUCUGACCCUGCAGCUGUGCCAGAAGGGAAGUCUCCUCGAGAGGAGACAAGGAAGCCCCUUCCAUUUCAAAGAAAAGCCGCAGCUCUGUUCCAUGUACAUGGUGCUUGAGGCGUAACUGAGGCCAUGCCUGUGGCUACCUCACUGUUUGUUUCUGGGGAAUGCGUCACACCUCAACUAGGCACUGUAUUUUCCAGCUGAAAGAGACUUCUUGGGCUGGGGUAGCAGGAUUUCCCUCGGCCACCUCCCUCGCUUAGUCCCUACGGCUGCCACUCCAAACCUGCUGUCUUUCUCUCUUUGGGAGAUGAAGCCCCACAUCCCUUGAAUGCAGGAUGUCCCAGGAUCAGUCCCUAGCAGCGCAUCCCCAGGUAGGCAACAGCCCCUUCCUGAGACCACAGAGAACAGCUGCCAGUCAGUGUAGACAGUACUGAGCUUAGAGAGGGACCAAGGGUCUGACUCUGAAUAUAAGGCAGCUUCCUGUGUCUCUAGAGCAGGGUUUCCCAAACCUGGGUCUGCAGCUGUUUUCAGACUACAGUUUCCAUCAUCCCUAGCUAGCAGGACCAGUAGUCAGGGAUGAUGGGAAUUGUAGUCCAAGAACAGCUGUAGACCCAGGUUUGGGAAAUGCUGCUCUAGAGGCUGAGCCUCUGUCCCAGCCUCCACCCCAUCCCCAGUCCUUUGGAAUCAUCCCAAAAUGGCGUAGCUGGAUAGGAACUUGCUGUGCACGAAGAAGCUUACUUGCUAGAUUUUUCUAGGCAGAGUUGCGUUUGCUGGAUUAAUUAUUAGUGCCUCGGCCGCGUUACCUAAAAAGCGGCCUCUUUAAAAUAUUUAAUUAUAUAUGAUUGUUCUGGGUUUUUGGUUUUAAUUUUAAGGCCUUGAAAUACAAGGGUUGGGGCAGACCUCUGCUUCUCUCCCAUCCCGCACUAUAUAACUGGGUACAAACUUUGGACGGCUAAGUUAAUAUAUUGUUUUGUUUCUUUUUAAUGGGGCAUUUUUGCAACGGAGCCCAUUGCAACCGUGGCGUGAAUCCAGGGAAUAAAAUGGCCUCGCAGAACCA